AUGGCUGCUGCCACGGCUACCACAGCUGGCAUCACUACUACCACACUUUCUCCCACAACUACCACAGCUGCUACCACCACAAUGGCCACAGCUGCUUCGACUACAACCACAGCUUCUGCGAUGACAACCACAGCGAAACCAACUUCAACCACAGCUGCUCUCACAACCACCACAGCUGCUCCUACAACAACCACAGUCGCACAAACGACAACUAAAAUUGCUCCCACAACCAACACAGCCGCUGCAACUACAACAAUAGAUUCAACAGCUGCACCAACAGCGGAUGAGGGGUCACUGGGAUUAGGAUUCAGAAUGAUCCGUGCAUUCCAAAGUGACUAUUCUGACUCUUCUACAACAGCAUAUCAGGAACUGGCAGCAAAUGUUACCACAGAGGUAAUCAGCGUGUCUUUGAAUAACAUUCUGACUUCACUGCUGAAAUUAUUGAUUGAAAUUAUUGAUAAUAAUAUAUAUUUUUUUCACAGGUUAAUCGUGGUUACAAAAUAAUUUACCCUUUAACGUACCUAAGGUGUAGGAUUAAUAAAUUCGCGUAAGUACAAUUCAUUGUUUUCUGUAAGUCUGAGAAUGUCUCCAUUCAAAUAGAAUGAUCUAGAAAUAACAGUGAUACAGUUAUAUAACAAGUUUGAAUUAUACAUAAAGAACACUUGAAAAUAUUUACUCUACACAUUUAUUUGUUUUCAUAAUACUUUUUUGGAAAAAACUGUUUAAGCAUCUGACCUGAAAAGAAAAACUAAAUAUUUAUAUAUUUCUUUGUUUACAGGAGUGGCUCAAUUAUUGUCAACAUGACCCUUGUUUUUAAGAACCAGACAGUGGUUCCCAAUGCAACGAGUGUAGUGCAGGGAUUGACUGACUCUCUGUCUCAUGGGAACACCUUCCUCAACAUUGAUACAACCUCCAUUACUGCAAGUAAGUAAUGCCAUCAUUGAUGACCUUGUUGUCAUUGUCAUCACUUUCAACAUUGACACAUGGCACUCUAGUAUUGGUAUAAUUUUUAUGAGUUAACUUCUGUGGUCUUACAGGGACAACAACUACAACUGCCACAACUACCACAGCCGCCCCAACAACAACAACAACAGCAACAACAACAAAAACAACAACAUCUGGUCCUACAACAAACACAGCUGCUACAACAUCAUCUGUUGUUGCUUCAACAACAUCCAAUGCUGCCGCCUCCAGUGGAAUAAGCUACAAGACAAGUCUACUCAUCUGUCUUGUUAUGUUAUCACAACUGCUUGACUAA